AUGGCAAUGUGCGAGCCGGUUGACAAUGUACCAAAACAAUAGUGGAGAAGUAAAGUGAAAUGCCUUGUAUACAUGUAGCUGAGGUGCAGUGUCUUUGCUGUGUGUCCGGUUCCGGUCUAAGAUCCUUUUUUUUUUUUUUUUUUUUUAGUUUCCUUCUGCUGCUGGGCGGUUUUGUCAUUGUGGAAUAAUUUUCGGUACAUUUCCACAUGCAAAUUCCCUUUAAACAUAAGUUUGGCGAUCCACAUAUUUCGCACGCUGAGGGAGCUUUCAUGCAUUUUUCGGCUGUGCAGCUGUAGGAUAUCGUCCGUCUCCCCUCCAAAAACAUAAACUGCGGCGUCAUAAACUGCGGUGGGGUGGUUGUUGGCAGCGGUGUGAAAGAAUACGUGCCGUCUGCUGUGUUUGUCCGUUUUUAGUAUCAUCAGUCGACAGCGCUCAGAGAGGUUGAGGUCCUCACAUUCUGCAGCUGAAGCCCUAUAUGGAGAUGAACAUGGAUGUGGAACUUGAUGGAAUAUUUCGCUCUAACACCACCUAUGAUUACGGGGACUAUGAGUAUAAAGAGGACAUCGAGCCAAGAGGCAGUGAGGCGGUGUUGAUCCCGUUUCUGUACUCCGUGGUGUUGGUUGUAGGUCUGCUGGGGAAUGGACUACUCCUGGCCGUUCUGAGUCAAAAGAGGCGAACCUGUAGUAUAUCAGACACCUUUAUCCUCCUCCUGAGUGUCGCGGACAUCCUCCUGCUGGUGAUGCUGCCCUUCUGGGCCGUACAGGCUGCUCAGGAUUGUGGAUGGUGCUUAAAGAUUCAUCUCUGCAAGAUCAGUGGAGCAGUUUUUAAUAUCAACUUCUAUUUUGGGAUCUUUUUGCUGGUUUGCAUCAGUCUGGACCACUACUUGUCCAUCGCCCACUCUACCCGGCUGUACUCCCACAAGAAGCCCAAGUCAGCUCGGAUCAGUUUCCUGUUGGUCUGGCUCUUCUCCCUGCUCCUCAUCAUCCCUAACUGGGAUUUCUUGGUAAUUAAAGUAGAUCCAGAGGCAGAAGAGAAAACACUGUGUAUUCCCAACUAUUUUUCAAAGUUGAAUCUGGUAUCACGCCUGUUCCACCACAUACUGGGUUUCCUCCUGCCUGCGGUCGUCCUUAUGGUCUGCUGCUCCUGUAUCCUGCUAAUGCUGCAGCGCAGCUCUAAAAGCCUCCAGAAGCAAAGGGCCACCAUGGUCAUCCUGGCCCUGGUGUGGAUCUUUCUUCUCUGCUGGAUGCCAUACAACAUCACACUCAUUGUGGACACCUUCAUGAGAACAUCUAAGGUGCCGCAGGAAACUACAAAUUCCAAAACUUCCCUGAAAACUGCUCUGCUGGUCACAACUGCUUUAGCCUGUGUUCAUGCCUGCCUCAGGCCGCUGCUCUAUCUCAGCCUGUGCGGAAACUUCAGGAAACAGUUGCUGGCUUUGCUGAUGUGUACAAGAAUUGAAUCUGAAGGCUCUCUGUGGGAGUUGGGUGUGGGUGAGGAAGCCCUGCCUGCAGAGAGUCAUGGGGGGGAAGAGAUGAAGCAGAUGACAAGUGUAGAGCAUCAGGUGCAGUCAGCUCAGUGCUAAUGCAAAAAUUUCUUCAUGUGACUCAUAAGAGACUUAAGUAAUGUUCAACUCCUGGGAGGAAUUUAAUGUGAAGUCAUGUCAUGGGUUCAAGGGGUGAAUGACCACUUCCUGUAUGAUGAUGAGAAAUGGAUAUUUUUAAAAAUCACUCAUAUAUUUCACUUUGAUGUGAAGCAUUCAUGCUGCAUCAUGGUGACAUGUAGUGUUGUGCUGUUUUAGUGUUGUACUACUGUGUGUUAUUUUGUAAUCACCACCACAAUUUUAACCCUAAAUCAUGAUUUUUUUUAUUCAGUUGUAGAUAUUUGCAUUUUAAUUGUCUAUUAUCAUUAUUACCAUUAUUAUUAUUAUUAUUAUUAUUAUUACUAUUGAAAGCAAGCUAUGAUUCUAUUAUUUAUUCUGUGUUGUGAAAAAACUUUUGGGUGAGGUUUCAGCUGUAACACAAUCAUCAUAAAGCUAAGGCCAUAGCCUAUAAAAUUUGAGGGAAUAUAAGCUCUUAUCAUUGUCAGUGUUAUUGAAAUCCUGCAUUAAACAGUCUGACACAGUUUA